AAAAAAAAAAAAAAAAAAACUAAUAUCAUAACCUAUAAGUUCGUACGUUGUACUGUAAUUCUAAACUAAAUAAAUAAAAAAAAGCAUAAAUAACUCCUAUUCACUUAAUAAAAACACUACGCUAUACACUUUUGACGAUGGCGAGUCGAGUUCCAUUCCAAAGCACAACAGGUUUUUGCGCCAGGUGUGGCUCCAUCCUUCCCUUGUUGCAGGAAUUUGGUUCUGUAAAAUGUUACGCUUGCAAAGCCGUGUAUGGCGCUGAAAAAUUCAACAAUAUAAAAUUUAAAUACACAAUUCACUUCAACACAGUAUCAGUACUGCCCACUGAAAAUAUACUGAAUAUGGACAACCCGGAAGGCCCAGUUGUUGAAAGAAAAUGUCCAAAGUGUGGCAACGACAGAAUGUCAUAUGCAACGCUACAACUGAGAUCUGCAGAUGAAGGGCAGACUGUGUUCUACACAUGUACAAGUUGCAAAUACAAGGAAACAGAAAAUUCGUAAUGGGGACUGCAGAAUCUUCAGAUUGUUAUGGGUUACUAUUUAAUUAUAAGAUAUUUCAAUAUUAUUAUAGGAUACUUUAUAUAAUUUAAGUUUAUUGUAAUGUGGCACUGUCCCAAUUUUUUCCUAACCUAUCUCUUUUGGAUCCACUUUAGCAACUGCAGUAUCCAUAAAAAAUCCCUCAAAUGCAUUUUUCUAGUCAUCAGAAACACACUUUAAUGUGACAUACCUUUUAAAAUAUUGAGUAAAGUUUAAAAUUUUAAAAAAGCCACCCACACCAUCUAUUCUACAAAUUUAUUUAUGUAUAAUCAAAAAUCACACCUUUACCACCCUUUACAAUUUACAUUUAAAUACAGUAAUAAAGCUUAAAUUCAUAGUA